AUGUCUCCUUACAACGUGAAGCCAGUUCCCACUUCUCUCGGACUUACAGCUUUUCCAGAUAUCCUACACCACCUCACUGUUCCCAGCUCAUCACUCGGCGUCCGCCUCCUGCGGCGCUUCUGUUCGCACAUCAAGUCCACGUCUACAUAUCAAUCGCAUAACCGCCGUCUCCGUAGUCCACACCGCCAUAUACGGAGUUAUACGCGUCCAGCUGCCCAACCUCACCUUGGAGCCUCCGAGCAAAUCCUGCAAAGCCAAACCGUAACGUCAAGUAUAGUACAUCCGCGACCUCACUCUAUCUUGGCUGCCCUCGCUCCCUUUCAUACCUCGUUCAGCUCAUCAGACUCGCCUCGCACCCUUCUAGUCCUUGUCUUUCUUUCGAACACAGGAACGAAAGAUGGUCUACGGGAUACGAGGCCGCCAGUCUUGAGCACUGAAAACGCGUUUGCCAAAAUUCGUUCGAGUCUUAUCUCACUGAACAUAAACAUUGAGCGGAGUCAUGUCGCUCCUCACCAUAUCAUCCCCCAGGCUGAGAAGAGAUACGCAAAUUUCGCCGCACUAUCGGGACACACUGCUGUCCUGGCAGAACCAUCAAGGGGAAAGCGUGACUCCAAAAAUGCCCACGGUAUGAUUGUUUACAUGUGUGAGAGUUCCGUGUCGCCCGGUAUAUAUCUCCGUCUCUUAAAGACCGCUCCUUGUAGGUACUUUGUCAUCUGCUCAUAUGCCAGCCAAUGA